UUUGUUGUUUCUUGGUGUCUUGGCCGACAUGAUUUUUCUAAAUUAAUUCAGUGUUUAGAGAAAAUAUUGAGUUUUUUGGUGCUAUCGACUUUAUUUUAAAUUUUAUGUAACGUGAUGUCUUUAGAUAAGCAAGUUAUACUAAAUGAACUUGGAAGUGUUAUGAAUAAAUUACAAAGUGCUGACUGUGGGUGUAUGGGAAAAUUAUUUUCAAAUUCAAACGGAAUAAAGCAAUCGACAAUGAAUGGUCAUUGUAACAUGGGGUGUAAUGGCAUGAUGGGAGCGCAACCAAUGAUGAACAAUAAUCCCAUGAUGUGCAAUAACUCUAUGAUGGGCCAUAAUCCUGCGAUGGCUAACGCCGCUAUGAUGGGCCAGAAUCCCACGAUGGGCAAUCAUCCUAUGGCAGGCAAUAAUCACAUGAUGGGUGGUCAACCAAUGAUGGGAAGUCCUCUGCCCACUUGUGGUGGCUGCAGGCGAGGUAUUUGCGCCGGUCAUGGCAAUACGGCAUGUCCUGGAGGUCAAAAUAUGGCUAUGCAGUACAAAAUGGCUAGCAAUGCUCCCAAGACGUAUGCUGAAACUUAUAACUACCUCAAAGAAAAUCUAAUGCAGCCUGUUGUCCAGGAGGUCUAUGAAGAUUUGAAGUCGAUUACACCCGAAAAUACUAUAGGUAACAACCCCAUGGCAGCUACCAUGGGCUUGGUGGCUGGUGGCCCAAAAACAGGUAAUGCUCAAAGCAUGGGUGGAAUGGCCAACCAAGUGGCCAAUAGUGGACAAAACCACAUGAUGAUGGACCAAUCAAGUAGAAAGAACGGCUUUGGUAUGCACCAAUCAGGACAAGGUGAUAUGGGAAUGGCAGCCAAUCACCAGCAGUCCUUUAAUAACGCUAACAGUAUGGGAUCUGAAUAUGCUCAGUAUCAAAUGCAAACAAAUGGGGGUUUCCAUAAUCACCAGAAUAUGGGUCAAACGGGUGGAAUGGGGCCCCAAAUAUCAGAAAUGAUGGGUAACUUUACAUCUCCCCCAGGGAAACCAGAAAGAACUGUUCCAUCAAAUGCUCCAAUGCAUGCCACUCCAAGCGGUCAUCCUCAAAAACCUCAACAGGUGCAUUAUAAUUUACAAAACAUGAGUCAAAGUAUUCCACAAGUACCAGGGCAAGUCAUGAACCAGCCAAUGCCUACACAACAAGCCCAUAGGAAUAUUAUGCCUGCUGUUCCUGCCCAACAUCAGUCGUAUGGUCAACAUGCGCAAGGAAUGGCUAAAUUCAAAGAAAUGUUUCCUGCUGUCAUGACAGAAAAUUUGGGCUUUGAUCCAAUGAGUAUUGCCAUUCAGAUGAACCCAGCUAAUCGUCCUAAAUCGGCGAUGGAUACGAUGAAAAACGUAACAAUGGCACAGCCAGACAAUAGAGCUGUUGGGUUGCAAGGACAAUCAAAUCUACAGAAUUUAUCCCAAGUCCAACCACUGCAACCUAUGUCUCCGGUUCAGCAGGAAGUGGUCCAACUACAAGCAACACAGGGGCAGAUGCAAUUACCUCAAUCUCAACAGCCCAAUCCACAAACUCCUCAUCAAAUACCUCCUUCACCGCAAACCAAUGGUCAAGUUCCUGUAUAUCAGAGUAAGCAGCCACAACCGAUCCAACAGCAUCAACAGCCGAAUCUGCAAAUUCCUCAUCAAAUACCUCCUACACCGCAAACCAACGGUCAAGUUCCUGUAUAUCAGAGUCAGCAGCCACAACCGAUCCAACAGCAUCAACAGCCGAAUCCGCAAAUUCCUCAUCAAAUACCUCCUACACCGCAAACCAAUGGCCAAGUUCCUGUAUAUCAGAGUCAGCAGCCACAACCAAUCCAACAGCAUCCACAAAUUGAACAACAACAACAGCUUCAACAGCAACAACAACUGCAACAGCAACAACAACUGCAACAGCAACAACAACUGCAACAUCAACAGCAACAGCAACAGCAACCGCAACAGCAACAGCAACAGCAACAGCAACAGCAACAGCAACAGCAACAGCAACAGCAACAGCAACAGCAACAACAACAACAACAACAACAACAACUUCAAAACCAACAGCAAAUCCUGCAGCAGCAGGUCCAAAUGCAGCCGAAACCUCAACAAGAACAAAUCCCGAUGGAGCGUAUAAUGCCUGUUGAUAAAUCAAGAAGUUUAAAUUCUUCUUGGGAUCGCAGUUAUGGGAGAAGUAUCACAGGGCAAGCAAGCUACAACACUCUGGGACAACCGGUCCAGCUGUGCCCCCCUACUGCAUACCGUGGUGAUGAUCCAAGAUUACCUCAGACCCUUUCACCCUCUGCACAAUACGAACCUCGACGAGUUUUCUCAAAAGUCAAGAAUACAACCAGCAAAACCUCUAUAACUGGCAACAGAGCUGUCGCAGGCUCUCCAAGUAGAAAUCAGCUUCAGCAAAUAUACCAUCAGUAUAAGGGAUCCCAUUCUAAUACGCAGCAAAAUAUUUCCCAUGGAAACAAAACCACGCAUUCCGAGGGACAAUUGGCUUAUGCCGAUCCUAAUAUGGCUGCAAAUCCUAAGCUUGUACCCUUGGAAAGGGUAAUUGGUGAUGCGAGUCUUAACAAUGGUGCUACGAAGCUAGAGCAGAUAACUGAGCGAAUUGGUGACACACCGGAUCCGAAUGAGCCAACUCAAAAGCGAUCAUUAGCCCAAGGAAAGAUCAGGAACGGCCUCCAAGAUAUGGUUUACACUUCGUACCCAAAAACGACUUCUUGGAGCUUCCACGGAGAUAACGCCCCUCCGAUGCGGUAUCGUCGACGAGGAUACUGAAAGUUUAAUGAAAAUUUUAAUAAUUUAAAUUGUAAUGUGUAUUUAAUUGUAUGGGUAACUAUUGAGUGUCAAUCGUCCGUGUUUUUUAAUCUAAACUAAAUAAGUAAACAACGUUAAUACUUUGAAAAGUUG